AAGGCCUCUUGAAUUUUAUUAAGCUUUUCGCACUCCUUCAUUCCUUUCACCGAAUUCACGAAUUCUGUGGAAUUUAUACUUUGCUUACGCCUUAAUUUCAUCCUAACUAUUCUUUCCCAUCCCUUUCUCCCAUUUCACGCCUCUCUCUCUUUUUUAAAUUGUAUUCUUUUUCUUCUUGCCUUGCAUUACAUCUUCUCAUUUCACAGAACUAGCAUCAUCCGUCAGUACCAAAUUGACAUACCUAUAGUUACCGCGAGCGACUUCUGGUGGAUUACGUGUCCAGUCGUCCACGGCCAAGAGGGAAAAUUGCUUGUCAAUUUCAGCUUGGAUUUCUACGACUAGGAGGAGGAGAGCAGGUGGCCAGACAAACACCAGUCCAAUUGAAUAUUCUUCACCCAUUUCCAGAAACUACGCUUGUAUCCGAUCGUUUUGAGCGUUCACAGUAGUCUUGUUUCGACCUGCCUUGAGGCAAUGUUCAAUUUGCUAGAGGUUCGAUUGAUUUCUGCUACUAUACUCGCCUUCAUAAUAGUAAAAAUCUGUAGACGUGGUUGUUCUUGGUUCCAGUUUGUACCUAGGAUGGGAUGCGGAAACAUUUAUGGAAGGCGGGUGAGAGUGUUUGCUGUGGCUUCAAUGAUCUACCUGGAUUAUAAGGCUGUAGAGCAAAUAAAUAAAUGGACCAUCGACUCCAAAAGAGCUGCACUGUGGGAUAAGACUCAUGAACGCAAUGCUAAGCGUCUUCUCAACUUGAUCAUAGAAUUGGAAGGUUUGUGGGUAAAACUUGGACAGUACUUAUCCACACGUGCUGAUGUUUUUCCUUUUGCAUAUAUAUCAAUUCUCAAGCAGUUACAGGACUCUCUUCCUCCUCGUCCCGUGCAAGAGGUUUGUCAUACUAUAGAGAAAGAAUUGGGGAAAUCCGUGGAUGAUCUUUUCUCAUAUUUUAAUCGAACUCCUUUGGCAACAGCAUCAAUUGCACAAGUCCAUCGUGCAACGCUUAUUAAUGGGGAGGAGGUGGUCGUUAAAGUUCAACAUGAGGGCAUUAAGUCAGUGAUAUUGGAGGACUUAAAGAAUGCCAAGUCAAUUGUUGACUGGAUAGCGUGGGCAGAACCACAGUAUGACUUUAAUCCCAUCAUGGAUGAAUGGUGCAAAGAAGUUCCGAAAGAACUUGACUUCAAUAUUGAAGCCGAGAAUACGAGAACCGUUGCCAGUAAUCUUGGCUGUAGAAAGAACAAUGACGAUAACAAGCUUGCAAAAUCAGUGGAUGUUCUGAUUCCAGAGGUUAUUCAGUCAACUGAAAAGGUCCUAAUUUUAGAGUAUAUGGAUGGGAUUCGUUUGAAUGACAAUGAAUCUCUUGAAGCUUACGGUGUUGACAAGCAAACAGUUGUUGAAGAAAUAACUCGUGCCUAUGCCCAUCAAAUAUAUAUUGAUGGAUUUUUUAAUGGUGACCCACAUCCCGGAAAUUUCCUGGUGAGCAAGGAACCACCACAUCGUCCAGUUCUACUCGACUUUGGGCUUACGAAGAAAAUAUCAACUUCUAUUAAACAAGCACUAGCCAAAAUGUUUCUUGCAUCUGUGGAGGGGGACCAUGUGGCCCUUUUGUCUGCCCUUGCAGAAAUGGGGCUCAGGCUGCGCCUGGAUAUUCCAGAUCAGGCUAUGGAAGUAACCAAUGCAUUUUUUAGUACUUCAACUCUAGCAAAUGAAGCUUUUGAAACCAUGCAAUCCUUGGGCGAGCAAAGAUCAAAGCAAAUGAAGGUGAUACAGGAAAAGAUGAAGCUCAAAGAAAAAGAAGUUAAACGCUUUGACCCUAUAGAUGCAUUUCCUGGAGAUAUUGUAAUAUUUACGCGGGUCCUCAAUCUUCUGAGAGGGCUUUCAUCCACAAUGAAUGUUCGGAUAGUAUAUAAAGAAGUCAUGAGACCAUUUGCAGAAUCUGCUCUACAAGGAAACCUCAAGGGACCAGCAGUUAAUGCACAAUGGAUCUACGAUACACCAUCUCAUUCUGAUGUGGAGACAAAGUUGAGGAAGCUCUUAGUUGAGCUGGGAAAUGAAGAAAAAAUACUUGGAAUCCAGGUAUGUGCCUACAAAGAUGGCAAGGUUAUUAUUGAUACUGCCGCGGGAGUACUGGGUAGAUAUGAUCCUCGCCCAGUUCAGCCUGAUAGCCUUUUUCCAGUGUUUUCUGUAACAAAGGGAAUCACGGCAGGAAUGCUACAUUGGCUUAUCGACAAUGGAAAAGUCAAGCUUGACCAAAACAUUGCCAAUGUGUGGCCAGAAAUUGGAACAAAAGGCAAAGAUGAGAUAAAGGUCUGUCAUGUUCUAAACCAUACAUCUGGUUUGCACAAUGCCUUGGCCAUUCUUAGAGGAGAAAAUCCUUUGCUAAUGUGUGACUGGGAAGAAUGUAUGAAUCAAAUUUGUAUGUCAGUACCUGAGACAACACCUGGCCAGGAGCAGCUGUAUCAUUAUUUGUCUUUUGGUUGGCUAUGCGGUGGAAUAAUGGAGCAUGUGUCUGGCAAGAAAUUUCAGGAGAUUCUUGAAGAAGCAAUCAUUCAGCCCCUCAAAAUUGAAGGCGAGCUGUAUGUUGGAAUUCCUCCUGGUGUGGAAUCUCGACUUGCAAGUCUAACAGUAGAUACGGAUAAUUUCAGCGAUCUUUUAGAGAAGGACCUAUCAUUUUUCUUCCAGCUAAGCGACAUUGCUCAACAAUUAUCUGCCUUGCCGGCUUUAUUCAACACGCUGAAUGUUCGUCGCGCAAUCAUACCUGCUGCUAAUGGACAUUGCUCAGCCCGCGCUCUUGCACGCUAUUAUGCAGCCCUUGUUGAUGGAGGCACAAUCCCACUACCACAUUCCUCUUUCUCCAAGCCACCACUUGGUAGCCACCCCCACAUUCCCAAGUUUCCUUCUGAGAAGACCCCUAAAAGGCAAAAGGGUAAAAGUAGUAGUAGCACUAGGCUUGCUGUUGACACCGAUAGCAGCAGCAGUAAUGCCAGUGCAGCUGACAACUUUGCAAGCGAUGAUGGUUCUAAAAAAAAUAAUGUUGGGAGGAUUUUUACUAACCCUAAAAUUCAUGAUGCAUUCUUGGGCGUGGGGGACUAUGAGAAUAUGGCCAUACCAAAUGGAAAAUUUGGACUCGGAUUUAGGAGGGCUAUUUUAAAUGAUGGAUCCUUUAGUGGGUUUGGGCACUCGGGCAUGGGAGGAUCCACGGGCUUUUGUGAUAUCAAAAACAGGUUUGCCAUUGCAGUGACACUAAACAAAAUGUCGUUUGGGGGUUUAACAAGAGAAAUCAUUCAGCUUGUUUGUUCAGAGCUAAAUAUACCAUUGCCGGAGGAUUUCUCAAGUUCUGGCGAUAGAGGACCUGAUGUACUGUUAAAUAUAGGGGGAUCGCUGAUUAAUUGAUGCAUAAGAAAAAUCUCUCUUUGUUACUUGUAUAAUACAACUCAAAGAUGUUAUAAUGACCACAGUUGAUUUGAAAAUAAUGUGGACAUCUGUUGUGGUUCUAAUUAAUGAUGGUAUGCAGUUAUAUAAA